AUGGCUUCUUACAUGAUGGUAGCCGAUUUGCACUCAAUGGUCACAAACACGACGUUGGUUGUGAAGGUCUUAAAGAAGUGGGUUGAUGCUGGUCCAAGAGGAUGGAAUCAUGUUGUUGAUGGAGGUGGUAUUUCAAGAUUCGAAUUUGAUCCACGUUUUCCCAUUGCGCAAGAACUUAAGGAAAACAUAGGAAAUCACCAUCACACAGUUAACACUGCCAAGCACACUUCAUCGCUCAUAAUUGCAAUCGCAUUGUAUGAGGAGCAAGAUCUUCACUACAACACAAGAUGA